CAGAUGGGGUCUUUAUUGGGGGCAUCCCUACCCCUAACCCAUUAAUGAAACUAAACACAGACAAACUUCAAUGAAAAAUGUAAAUGAAACAUAGAAUGAUUAAUUGAAUGGCUCGGCUAUAGUGAACUGAACCAAUCAGCUUUCAGGACCGUGUGUGUGUGGAUUAAUAUUGUGAUUUGACUAUCACUGAAGCGUUUCAUAAUCGAUUAAAGAUUAAAAUCCCAGCAGCGUCAGAAUGAUUGAGAAGUGCUGAGUGCCGGACGAUUGAAUGAAAUCAAGCCUGAAACACAGAGAGUUCAACCCCACUGAAGCGUACAGAGUGACAAAGUGCACUUGAGCAUGUGAGUUUAUAUAAAGAAAACAUCAAUGAACACAAAACACAGCAAGAUGGACAGAGCAGACAGACAGGUGUGAGGACACGACAUGUCUGAGGUUCUCACUGUAGACGCCAUCCUCUUCGGCCUGCUGGUCUUCUCAGGAAUUAUCGGAAAUAUUCUGGUCAUCUAUGUGGUGUUUCAGUGUGCGAAAGAAACCGCCACCCGUCAUUUGCCCCCAUCCGACACCAUCCUGGUCAAUCUGUGCCUGGCAAACCUGCUGACAUCCAUUUUCCGGACGGUUCCGAUCUUCGUGUCUGAUCUGGGUCUGGAGGUGUCGCUGUCGCCCGGCUGGUGUCGUGUGUUUAUGCUCCUGUGGGUGUGGUGGCGGGCGGUGGGCUGCUGGGUCACUCUCGCCCUCAGCGCCUUUCACUGCGCCACCUUGCGCCGCCAGCACGUCACCAUGGGCCAGCAUGGACACCAGAAGGAGCGCAGGCGGGUGUGGGCCACUCUGGGCGUGGUUUGGGGCGUUAACCUGCUGUUCUCAAUCCCAGCCCUCGUGUACACCACCCACGUGACUGGGAACGCCACGGUGGAGUUGAUGGUGAUCAGUUGCACCACGCGCCCGCUGCUGGGUUGCGUUUGGGAGUUUCCCACUGAGCAGCAGGGCUCCGCGUUCGCCUCGACGUCUCUGGCGCUGAACGAGGUCAUGCCGCUCAUUUUAAUGGUGGCCACCAACUUUGCGACCCUACACUCGCUGGCCAAGCACAUCAGGGCAGUCACGGCGGGCGGAGUCACCGCUUCGGGGGAUUCAGACAGACAUACGUCCAGUGAGAGGAAGGCGGGUCACGUGAUCAUGGCUCUGGUCGCACUCUUUGUGGGCUGUUGGGUGCUGCAGGUGGCCGCAGUGACGUACUACAACCACAACGGUGGGCUGCACACUGAAGGACUGCUGACCGUCGCUCAUUUCUCGGCUUCACUCUUCGUGGGGUUCAGUCCACUGGUGGUGGCGCUCGGACACGGAAAACUGCGCAAGAGAAUCAGUGUCAUGAUACAGUAUUGGGCUCAAUGGAUCAAACGCCCGGAAGAGAAACACCCGGAAACAAGAAAACAGACAGCGGCUACACCGAAAGACACGUCUGCUAAAACAGAACACACAGGGAAGAAAUGAUUAGUGUUUGAUUGCAUUUUUUUUUAAAU